ACCAUUGCAAACAGCACUUUCCACAAAGUCUUUGUGCGUAUGCCUAACCCACUAGUUGAUUAUUAGAGCGGAAUCGAAUAAUAGUCCAAGCCAAUGAUCUUAUAAAGGAGACUCAGAGAUGACGAUGUUCCAUGACGAGAUGAAGAAAGGACGCGGAAAAAAGAUCAUUGCUAAUUGUAUAUUGGAAAAUUGGAAAUUAUUAAAAUGAUUUAAUAAUAAUUUUGAAAAUAUUCUCCUAUUUAACUUCAGCUGGUCCUAGAUUCCUCUGUAUUCUGACUUGAUGGUUGUAGAUGAAAAAUACCUGUUCCCUCCCCCCCUCUGCUCCUGUAUCAACCCUACCUGAGGUUAUUUUGGAAGUACAAAAGGAGCCAAGAAAACUAAUGAAUUUCAAAACGAUUGGCAAGCCUUCCACCCUAUGAUUCAUUUAUGACGUCAUUAGAUAGGUAGAUUCCUUGCUACAAGAGUGAUAAUGGUUUCGUAUUCAGAAGAUCAGUUGGCUGAGUUUCAGGAGGCUUUUCAACUAUUUGAUAGCCGUGGAGAUAACAAAAUCCAUGUGAAUCAAAUUGGUGAUGCCUUAAGAGCCCUUGGACAGAAUCCAACUGAAUCAGAAGUUAAGAGGUUCACUCAUCAGCACAAGCCUGAUGAGAGGAUAAGUUUUGAAGUGUUUCUGCCAAUCAAUCAAGCAAUUUCUAAAGCAAGAACAAGUGAUACAGCAGAAGAUUUUAUUGAAGGAUUACGCCAUUUUGAUAAAGAUGGAAACGGCUUCAUUACAUCUGCAGAGCUGAGACAUCUCCUUACAACCUUAGGAGAGAAGUUAACUGAUGAAGAAGUUGAGCAGCUCCUGGCUGGACAAGAAGAUUCCCAAGGAAAUGUCAAUUACGAAGAAUUUGUCCAUAUGGUAAUGUGUGGUUAAAGAAUCUAUGGCAAUGUUAAAAAUAUUUAUUCCAAAUUAUAUACAUUCUAUUGUAUUUAAUUAACCUUUUAUUAUUCGUUUUUACCUUAUUAUUAAUUCCAAUCUUUAUUAUAAAAAUGUUAUAAUAUUAUCCAAUAAAUUUGUAUUAUUUAUAUUUAAA